AAACGAGAAGUGCAAAAAAGUUGUUGACAAGCUCCUUCGUUUUGUCGAUGAAAGCUCAGAAAAUGGUAAGAUGGCUCAUUAAUUAGACUGCGUUAACAUUCUAAGGAAUUAUCACUGUAAGAGUAUAUCUACCCUGAAACGUUUAAAUUUGCAAAUAAGUAUGACACUACUCCAGUCGGUGCUGAACUGGAAAGUGGACAUGCAAAGCACCAUAUGUUUUCAAGUGUCCCAGACACCAUUGUGCCUUCCAUUAGUAUCAGUCUGCUACAUGUAGUUAUUGAAAAGUUCUGAGCUAAAACCAUUUGUGACCUUGUUAACAAGUACCUGUAGGCUCGGAACAAAUAUUUUAUAACUCAAAGGUAACUAACAUAUCCAGUUGAAUAAAGCAGUUUGAUUAUUACGGGAAUCAUAUUGUGAGCGCAUUGAAAUUUCAAAUGUAUCAUUUGUAAUUGGUAAAUGAGCUUGGCUGCAGGUCUUUGUGACCUCUAGAUUUCCAACUUAAAGAUACAAGCCGUGCUUUAGUUUAGGUUAUUUCUUUCAGGUAGGAUAAGGAAUCAUAAAACAAAACUUUUCUUCUUAAAAAAGAUCGGACGUUACAAGCCAAUAUCAAUGCCAUCUCUUAGUUACCACAACACUACUAAUAUAUUUGCAAAGUAACGCAACUUGGAGAUACAGACAAGAACAUUGUAAAGAAACAUUUCAUGAGAUAAGUUAAACUCUUAGUACCAGUUUUAGCACUUUGUACAACACUAAAGACUUCCAUAAUCAGUCGAAGCUCUCACGUGAAGUGCCUCUGAUUAAAUGUUUCAUUUGCUUAACUUCAGCUAUCUCGGUUCUUUUUCAGGUAUCACUGAAUUUCUGAAGUUCACUACAGGAGGCUCUACACCACCUCCAACUGACAUUUUUCAGAUUGUAGUAGAGGUUUCUUCGGAAGCUUCAGCUAUAUUUGCGUCAACCUGCCUACGCAAAUUAGUUCUUCCCGAAUCCUUGGCUGAAGAAGAUGACAACGAAUUUCGUUUAUGUCUAAAUUCAGUCAUGGAUGGCAAGGGAAAUGCCUUCAGUGCCCCAUGAAAAAAAAGAAACAGCAAAUCUCAAUGCUAUGCCUGCCAACGUUUUUCUAAGUCUAUAAGGCGAGAGAUUGUUAUUCUGUGAGUGCCGAGAUUUUUGAAGAGGACGCACCAUAUCUGGAGAUUUCCGAAGACGUUCCGAAUAAACACAAAACAACAACAAAACAAAAGCGAAACACAACCUCGUCCCCAGUGCUUUUCCCUUCAAAAAUUCGUGGAAAGUACUGUCUUUUAAUCAUGUUACAUGAAUUUUUCGUUUCUCGCAUUAAAUUAGUUUACAUAUUUUUCGAAAGGGUAUAAAGGCGCGAGAAUUGGCAGGUAUACAAUUGGAUUUCGAGCUGCUAUGAAAGAAUACCCUGAGUUCCUUGAGGCUCUCUUUAUCCCCAGCAAGGAAGAGUUGAAUGCAGAUUCUGUCAUUGGCGUGCUUCAGUUCCCUAAAGAUAUGGAUGACAAUGAAAGUGUAGUAGCAGGUUACCUUCACAUGUUUAUACAGAAUGCAAAGGUUGACACACUGGAAAAAUUUCUCUCUUUUGCCACGGGUUCAAAGGCUCUUCCCGAUUUUGGCCUGGGAAAAAUUCAAGUGAAGUUUGAUAGGGUACCGGCUAUCUUUGCAUCAACAUGUUUGUUUCACAUUACAUUUCCAAAUCAAUUCGAAGACCAAGAUAGCUUAAGUUUGUCACUAGAG